UUGGAAUGCACAAGGACAUAUAUCACACAGCACAAGUUGAACACAAAGAAAAAUGGGUUCUUCUUUGUGGAUUUGUCUGAUUCUGUUAUCACUGGCUUCUGCUUCUUUCGCUGCCAACCCAAGAACUCCAAUUGAUGUGCCAUUUGGCAGAAACUAUGUGCCUACUUGGGCCUUUGAUCAUAUCAAAUAUCUCAAUGGAGGUUCUGAGAUUCAGCUUCAUCUCGAUAAGUACACUGGUACUGGCUUCCAGUCCAAAGGGUCAUACUUGUUUGGUCACUUCAGCAUGUACAUAAAAUUGGUUCCUGGUGAUUCAGCUGGCACAGUCACUGCUUUCUAUUUAUCGUCCACAAACGCAGAACAUGAUGAAAUAGACUUCGAGUUCUUGGGAAACAGAACUGGGCAACCAUACAUUUUACAAACAAAUGUGUUCACCGGAGGCAAAGGUGACAGAGAGCAGAGAAUUUACCUCUGGUUUGACCCUACAACUCAAUACCACAGAUAUUCAGUGCUAUGGAACAUGUACCAGAUUGUAUUCUAUGUGGAUGACUACCCAAUAAGGGUGUUCAAGAACAGCAAUGACUUGGGAGUGAAGUUCCCCUUCAAUCAACCAAUGAAGAUAUACAACAGUUUGUGGAAUGCAGAUGACUGGGCUACAAGGGGUGGUUUGGAGAAAACAGAUUGGUCCAAAGCCCCCUUCAUAGCCUCUUACAAGGGCUUCCACAUUGAUGGGUGUGAGGCCUCAGUGAAUGCAAAGUUCUGUGACACACAAGGCAAGAGGUGGUGGGAUCAACCUGAGUUUCGUGACCUUGAUGCUGCUCAAUGGCAAAAACUGGCUUGGGUACGCAACAAAUACACCAUCUACAACUACUGCAGUGAUCGCAAACGCUACUCUCAAGUCCCUCCAGAGUGCACCAGAGACCGUGACAUUUAAUCAUUUUAACCUAUACUUUAAGGCCUCAUUAUUUUCACUAUCACACUACCAUAAAGUUCCCACCUAAGUGCUGAUAAAGAUUUCAUUUGAGCUUGCUAUUACUUCCUGUAUUGUUGAUAAUCAUAUCAUCAUUUAUUGCUCCUACUGUUUGGCUAUGUACCUAAGGAUAUGGCACUGUGCCUUAAUUUGUAUCUGUAAUUCUGUUUCACUCUGAAUCAAUACUGGUUUAUAGGGGUGUUAUUAUUAUUCUUGGUUUGUCAUUUCUGUUGUGUACUUUUCUGGUGAAUGAGUUGGAAUGCAUUUGCCUAUA